AUGAGUCCACCAACGAAGUCCCCGCCGCCGGCCACUGUAUGGUGGAGCAAUGCCAUAUUCUUUGUCUUCAUUCAUGUUGCUUCUGUGAUUGGUAUCUAUCACAGGCCACCGAAUCUCCUUCCACGAGCCACUCUCUUCAUGUCUUUCCUCUUAUGGCAGGCGGCCGAGUUUGGCAUUACCAUUGGUUAUCACCGUUUAUAUGCCCAUCGUGCAUUUCGAGCUGGCUUCUCUGUCAGGCUCCUUUUGGCGAUCCUUGGGUCAAGCGCCUUUCAAGGCUCUAUCAAGGUGUUUGAGACAUCGUCUCCAUCACCCUCGUUGGUCCAGCGUUUUACCGACGAUCCCCUCCAUGAUCCGUAUGCUGCCACCCGAGGUCUAUUGUAUUCUCAUAUGGGGUGGAUAUUCUUUAAACCAAAGUACGACCGUCUAAAUUCUGUGGAUCGCGACGACCUGGAGAACGAUUCCGUUGUUCGUUUUCAGCACAAAUAUUAUGUUCCCUUGGCUCUAUUUUUUGGGCUCGUUUUACCAACAUUGUUAGGGAUCCUGUGGGAUGAUCCUCUUGGUUCCUUCAUAUGGGGUGGACUUGUUACUACAGUCGCAGUAUGGCACUGCACCUUUUUAGUGAACUCACUAGCACACUGGGAUGGACUGCAGCCGUACACCGACGAAAAUACAUCUAGGGGCAAUCUACUUUUGGCUCUCUUGACAGGCGGAGAAGGAAACCACAACUUUCACGCGUUUCCACAUGACUAUCGUUCGGGACCAUCUACUCUGGAAUGGGACCCAUCCAAAUGGAUAAUACUUGUUCUUCACUAUUUAGGUUUGGUGAAAGGCCUCCGUCGUGCCCGUGAAGAAGACAUUGUCGAUGCUAAAGAAUAUAUGCAACAUAAACAUCACGAUCACGUCGCAGGAAAGAAAGACGACCCUUCAUGGAAUGGGCCAGAGUGGAAGUUGACCGAUCUCAAAGAAUUUAUGCUACAAGAACGUGGUAGAUGUCUAGUGGUAGUCGACGGUUUCGUCAUCGAUGUUUCUGCAUACAUGGGAGAGCAUCCUGGUGGCUCAACCAUUCUACGUGCAUAUUCAAUUAACCUGAAUGAAUUGGCGUUGGGUGACCAGCAAAAGCAGAAAUGGAGAGACGCGUCUUGGGCAUUCGGUGGAGGUUUGAACAAUCAUUCACGAGGCGCAGUCAAACGAAUGCGUGAGAUUCGCAUUGCUCGCCUUCUCGAAUGA